CGCGGUGCAUGUUGACGCGGAGCGCGCGGUCGUUCGGCGCUUCGAGCGCGUCCGUCGUCGCGCGCGCGUGUCGAGCGAUGGCGACGACCGCGCGCGACGUCGCGCGGGCGCGAGGCGCGACGACGCGCGACGCGCGCGAGAGAAGUUGGCGAAGACGCGCGAUGGGUUCAAAUUUCAAACCGACGACGACGCGAACGACGCGCGCGACGGCGCGACGCGCGACGCGAACGUACGCGACGGCGACGGGAAGCGCGGAGGAGAAGAUCAUCGACGUUGAACUGGCGAGCGAGGCGAAGACGUCGUACCUGUCGUACGCGAUGAGCGUGAUCGUGGGGCGAGCGCUGCCGGACGCGCGCGACGGGCUGAAGCCGGUGCAUCGAAGGAUCCUGUACGGCAUGCACGAGCUGGGAUUGCGGGCGGAUAAACCGCACCGAAAGUGCGCGAGAGUGGUGGGAGACGUGCUGGGGAAGUAUCACCCGCACGGGGACGGAUCGGUGUACGAGGCGCUGGUGCGGUUGGCGCAAGAUUUUUCGAUGUCGGCGCCGUUGGUGGACGGACACGGGAACUUUGGGUCGUUGGACGACGAUCCGCCGGCGGCGAUGCGUUACACGGAGUGCCGAUUGAAUAAGUUGGCGGAGAAGGGGUUGUUGGCGGACAUCGGGAACGAGUGCGUGAAUUUCACGGAGACGUUUGACGGGAGUCAAACGGAGCCGGAGGUGCUGCCGGCGCGGGUGCCGAAUCUUUUGAUCAACGGCUCGAGUGGGAUCGCGGUGGCGGUGGCGACGAACAUGGCGCCGCAUAAUCUCGGUGAGUCUGUCGAUGCGCUGUGCGCGCUGGCGAAAAACCCGGAUUGCUCGUUGGACGAACUCAUGGCGUUGCUGCCGGCGCCGGAUUUCCCCACGGGCGGGGUGGUGACGAAUAAGAGCGGGAUGAAGGAAAUUUACGAAACCGGCAAGGGCGGGGUGACGCUUCGCGGGCGGGCGACGAUCGAGCGCGUGUCGGCGGCGCGCGGUUCGCUGGAUAAGGACGCGGUGGUGAUCAGCGAGAUUCCUUACCAAACCAACAAGGCGAGGUUGGUGGAACAAAUCGCCGACCACGUCAACGGGCGCACCAUCGACGGCAUCAGUGAUAUUCGCGACGAAAGCGAUCGCGAUGGCAUGCGCGUCGUGAUCGAGAUUAAGCGUGGAUAUGAUGCAGCGAGCGUGCUGGAGGAGCUUUACGCCAAGACGAAGCUCGAAGUGAAGUUUUUUGUGAACAACGUCGCGCUCAUAGACAACAAGCCGACGGUGAUGCCUCUUCGCCAGAUUCUCGACGAGUUCAUCAAGUUUCGCGUCGAUACGAUCGAGCGACGGACGAGAUUUAUGCUCUCAAAGGCGCAAGAUCGCAAGCAUCUCGUUGAAGGCUUCUCGAUCGUGCUCGCCGACGCGGAUGGAGUGGUGAAGAUUAUCCGAAAAUCGAAAGACGGCCCGUCGGCGUCGAAAAAGUUGCGCGAAUCGCACGGUUUGUCCGACAUCCAAGCCGACUCGAUUCUCGCCAUGCCGCUUCGUCGAUUAACCGGACUCGAGGCGGAUAAGUUAGACGCCGAGCUCAAGGAGUUGAACGAGCAGAUCGCACACUUCCAAGGUUUGUUGAGCAACAAGUCAAAGGUCAUCGACGUCCUCGUGCAAGAGGCGAUGGAGGCGAAAGAGGCAUUCGCGCGUCCUCGACGUACGUCCGUCGAGCAAAUCGAAUCUUUAAGCGGCGUCGAAGACGAUUCGCCACCAAAGGAUAAUAUUUUGACCCUCUCUGAGCGUGGAUACGUCAAGCGCAUCUGCCCGAAGAACUUUGGCGCGCAGAAUCGAGGCACUCGAGGGAAGCGCAUGAGCAAGCUCCGCGCCAACGAUGAGCUUUCCAAAGCCAUGCACUGCAAAGACAGCGAUCAAAUAUUAUUCUUCUCCGAUCGAGGGCGAGUCCAAAAGCUCAGUGCGAAGGCGAUUCCGCAAUCCGAACUGAACACGAUAGGAGUUCCAGCGACCAGUCUGUUGAACACGUUCGCAAAGCGCAACCAAAACGUCACCGCCAUGUUGUCGACGAACAUGAAACAGGGUGAAGUAGCGGACGACCAAGUGGUGGUGAUGUUAACAAGCCAAGGUAAGGUAUCCGUGGCGUCCGCGGCGUCCAUGCUCGGGCACAAGGGUAAGAAGGUGAUCACGCUCGACAAGGGCGAUAGGUUGCAGCAAGUGAUGUUCGCGCGCACGUCCGACCAUCUCUUCAUCACAGGCACCGGGAAAGCUGGAAAAGGGCUCAUCCUUCACUGCCGUGUCGGAGACUUCCGAGUCGUGAAGUCGGCGUGCAGGCCAAUCUCGGGCAUCAAAACCAUGGGCGAGAAGAAGGUGGCAGAAGCCGUCGUCGAAGACGCGGGCGACGACGAAGACGACGACGAAGACGACGGCGAACUUUUGCCGCCGAAAACUGUCGGUAUGGCUAUCGUCCCAGGUGAACGCAUGGUGUCCGCGAGCGAAGAAUUCGGUCCGUUUAUCUUAUUUACGACGAAGAAAGGUAAAGGCAAAGUGGUCGCCGCGAACUCGUACCGCCUGCUCGGCCGCGGUCGCUCGGGCGUCAUGUGCAUGAAAUUCAAAAAGGGUGACGACGACGCCCUGGCCACCAUCACUCUCGUCGACCGCAUCGGCGACGACGUCACGGAUGAAGUAUUGCUCUCCACCACGGGCGGAAUCUCCAACCGCAUCGCCGUCAACGAUUUACCCAAGCGCUCGGAUCCCUUGGCUCUGGGCGCCGCCAUCAUCAAGCUCGACGCCACGGACGCCCUGAAAUCCGCCAAUUUACUCCCGAGCGAAGUCGCGAGCGAGCUCGCGUGA